UUUGUACCAUGCGAUUAUGCGAAUCACCCAUCACAAUCCCUUUUAUAACUAACCAUGAUGCGUUGAUUGCUUCUUCAACCCCAUUUACGAUCUCUACCCACACCACCACCACCGCCGCCGUCGCCGAGCAAUGGCCGGCCGUCGCAUCUCUGCCGUCAUCUUUGAUUUGGACGGCACCCUUCUUAACACAGAGCAAGUGACAAAGGAUCUAUUGAAGGAAUUUCUGGUUGGAUAUGGGAAAGUGGUGGAUAUGGAGAAGGAGAACAAGAGGAUGGGGAUGAUACACCAUCAGUCAGCAAUUGCAAUUGUUAAGGAUUAUGAUCUUCCAAUCACACCCCAACAAUACUCUCAAAGUAUCAUGCCAAUGUAUCAUGAAAGGUGGCUGCAAGCCAAACCGCUUCCCGGUGUUAAUCGGCUCAUGAAGCAUCUCCAGAAACAUGGGAUUCCAUUUGCACUUGCUUCAAAUUCUGUAAAGAAGAAUGUACUAGUCAAAGUGUCUUCCCAAGAAGGUUGGGGAGAGUCCUUUUCAGUAAUUCUUGGAAGUGACGAGGUCAAAUCAGGGAAACCUUCGCCGGACCUAUUUCUGGAGGCUGCUAGUAGAAUGGGUGUGGAUGCAUCUUCUUGUCUUGUCAUAGAAGAUUCUCUGGUAGGGAUUAAAGCUGGAAAAGCUGCGAAUAUGCAAGUGGUUGCGGUGCCAUCUAUUCAAACUGAAUCCGAUGAAUACUCGAUUGCUGAUUAUGUGAUUCAUUCAUUCCUUGAUUUUCAGCCACAAAUAUGGGGACUCCCGCUGUUUGAUGAUUGGGUGAUGAAAGCGUUGCCAAUUGAUCCUAUUCGUUUUAAGGGAUCAUACAAAAAUGGAUUUCUUGAAGAAAUUUCAGAUAACGAUGCUUCUGAUAUUCCGGGUCAAGCCUGGGGUGUCUAUUUUGGUUGGGUUGACUUUGACUCGCCUGACAGAUUUAAGAUUGUGGUUAGCAUCCGAUGGGACUGUAGCUCUGGCUCUUUCAGGAGAAACAUUCAGGCUUGUUUUAUCAAUGGAAGCAAUGAGCAAAUCUGUGAUCAGCAAAUUGAAGUGGCACUUGUCGGUUAUAUCAGGGGAUUUCAAACCAUGCAAAAUCCUUUGACGGAUGCUCAAAUUCUUGACGAUGACAAGUCAAUUGCGGAAGCGUGCUUGGAUUCAGCAGCGUAUAGCUAUCACAGGUGCAGCCCUGCUAAACUAUAAAGAGUUUGCGUUGGUUAUAAAAAAAAGUCAAAACAUUUCGGUUUGACCAUUACACUCUGAUAAGUUGACAUUGACUCAAAAGUAUGCUACAAAAUUUAACAUUUGAUUUAACUAUAUUUAAGCUAAGGCUUGUCCAAGGUGAAGCAUGGCUUUGGAUCAAGGUUUAGUUUAAUAAUUCAACUCUAAUGAGUGUAAUAUAACUUGAUAUUGCAUAGGUAUAAUGGUUGGAAUAAUAAAGUUAUAUGAACUUUUAGUUUUUGUGUUGACA